GGGACCCCCCCCCUCUCCUUUGAAAUCGACUCUUUGGAUACGCUUUGGACUCGUGUUCCUUUCAAAUUAUGAUGGCGAUUGAGGGUGACUAGAGAGAUAAUUUCAGACUUCGAUUUUGCUUUCUUUUCUUUCCUCACAUGAAUUUUUCUAAAAUUUUUUCUAGAAUUUUUUUUUCCAGUUGCUAUGGGAGAAUCAGGAACUGAUGUUUGUAAAGAAGCUGCUGAUAUGGUUUUAAUAAAUGAUGAUUUUAGUACAAUAAAAGCAGCAAUUGAAGAAGGAAAGGGAAUAUAUCACAAUAUUACAAAUUUUGUAAAAUUUCAAUUGAGCACAAGUGUUGCGGCAUUGUCUCUCAUUGCAAUUUCUACUAUUUUUCAUUUUGAAAAUCCGCUUAAUGCAAUGCAGAUUCUUUGGAUUAAUAUAAUUAUGGAUGGACCUCCAGCCCAAAGCCUUGGUGUUGAAAACGUUGAUGCUGACAUAAUUAAACAGCCACCGCGUAAUGUGCGAGAGCCGUUAAUCAACCGAUCACUCAUUAUUAGCAUAAUAUCUUCUGCAGCAAUAAUUAUAUCUGGAACACUUUUUGUAUUUUAUAAAGAGGUUUUUUUAUUUUUUUGA